AUGCAAUGCGUGGAGCAAACAGAGAAGCUGGAGCUCGAUCGGGGACUCGCCAUAGAUCCCGCGGAAGAGAAGGCAGUCUUGCGAAAGAUCGAUCGAGUCAUUUUGCCAGUCAUGGCGCUCGUGUACUUCUUCCAGUAUCUCGAUAAGCAAAGCAUCAACUACGCGGCGGUAUUUGGGCUUCAGGAGGACCUCGGCCUGUCGGGACAGGAGUUCUCCUGGGCAGUCUCGCUGUUCUAUUUCGGUCAACUCUGCUCCGAAUAUCCCGCCGCGUAUCUCAUGAGCCGCCUUCCGAUUGUGAGCUUUGUCGGGGUUACAAUCAUCAUAUGGGGCUCUGCCGAAAUGUGCCUCGCCGCAGCGAAAGACUUCAACAGCCUUGCCGCAGCUCGAUUCUUUCUUGGUUUUGCUGAGGGGGCCGUGGCGCCUUCGUUCAUGAUCAUAACAAGCAACUGGUACAAGCGCAGCGAGCACCCUCUCCGUGUUGCGACAUGGGUGUCGAUGUUCGGAGUUUCUCAGAUUGUGGGUGCUCUAGUCAUGUACGGGGUCGGGCAGGCUCGACUGUCUAUCGAGCCCUGGCGGGUAUCGUUGUUCAUUGGCAUCAUGCCGCGGGACUGCGCGACUGCAUGGUUCUUGCGUGAGCCGGAACGCAAGUUGGCAACAGAGCGGCUUGCUUUGGACCGCGCCACGCGAGACCACACAACAUUCGACAAGAGGCAAUUGAAAGAAGCGCUGACGGACCCGAGGACGAUACACUAUGCGUCUAUGGCGCUCUUUAUCACGAUUCCAACUCCGAUCACCAAGUUCUCCUCCCUCGUCAUCAACGGUUUUGGCUUCUCUCAGCUACAGACGAUGCUAGUCGGCCUGCCCGGCGGCUGCGUGGCGUUUUGUCUGACCUGGAUUGGCGCUUUGGGCCCGCUAUACAUAAGGAACAGCAGAUGCUUCUUUGGAGUGCUUUUAGCGGCAGUGCCAAUGCUGGGGAGCAUACUGCUCCUCGCCUUGCCUGCACGCAUGGCUUGGGGGAUCGUGGGGAGCACGUGGCUGGCAGGGAGCAGUGCGCCGCCUCUUGGUCAGGCUGUCGGCCUCAUGGCCUCCAACGUCAAAGGCAACACCAAGAAGUCGGUCGUUGCCGCUGUCUUCUUCGUGUUCUACUGCGUCGGCUGCAUUGUGGGGCCGCAGCUGUGGCAAAAGCAGGACGCACCACGAUACACGAAAGGCUGCAUCACUAGCGUGACCAGCUGGGGUCUGCUCAUUGUGUCGUUUCUGCUGUAUGUCGUCCUGGGCAGGCGUGCCAACCGGACCCGCGACAAGUUGACUGGAGACACGGACGUGUCCAGCGGCGCGAUCUCGACCGACUCAGAUUCUACCGAGUUGCAGGAUCACGCCUUCAGAUAUACCUUAUAG